GCGGCAGCGCUACCACCAGCCCAUGUAUCGCUAGCCCAGGCCGCAGCAACGAUCCAGCCACGACGAACCAAACAACCGAGUACUGCCGCCACUGAUGCCAGUUCGGCACCUGUAAGUUCGACCUGGAAUGCCGCUACAAGCAUGUCAUGCCCGACACGCCGGCGGGGCUGGCCGAGGUCUGCCUGAAGGAGAUACCGCGCUGGUACAGGUACAAGUACCUCCACCCCACGGCCGCUGUCGGCCAUCAUCAUCACCCACAAUUUACCCACGACAGCGCCACCACCGCCAUCAACAGCAACAACAAUAGCAACAACGGCCACCAUCUCGUCAGCCUCAGUCUCGGCGAAGCCACUAGCCUGGGAGGCCUCAACCCACGCGACGUGCGCGCCCCCGAGAUGCACCGACUGGGACUGCUGCCUCCUGCACCACCGACAACCCCGACGAUCUCAACAACACCGGCUCUGGCACCGUCACCAGCAGCGACUGCGCCAGCGAUGGCUACACAUACCGCGGGGGGCCAGCUCGGCCUCCUCGGCCCAGGAGGCCCAAGGGCAGGAGGAGGAAGCGGGUCCAGCAGCACCAGCAAGAAAGUGAUUCAGAAGCAGGUCCGGGAGGCGAUGGCGCAGUUUCUGUUGCAUAGCCUUGUGCAUGAAAAUGAGGGCAUCAAAAGUAAAUUGCAAUCAUAUCUCCCUAAGUUGGGGCGCUGAUAACACCGGGAGUACCCGCGUUCACCCAUAGUCUGCUAGAUAUACGUACAUCAGAUCUUGUCCCUGGCAGAACACUGCAAAACAACAUAGGAGA